AUGGCCACGAUCCUCGCCAAGCCAAGCGCUGUCACCAGCGGGAUCCUAUGGGCGUCCACUGAGAAGCAGGUCCCUGCGAAGGAUGAUUCCCAGGGCAGCCUGGGCACAGAGGACGGCGCAGAAUGGAAGGUCUAUGCUGGAUUAGGCCCCAUAGACGAGGGCUUUGACCGGCCUUUGCCCAGUGUGAAGGAAGGAGCAGGGAUCCCAGCUCACGCAAGCGCGCCGGGAAAGAUCGACGGCCUCCGGGUUACAUAA